CAUUUCCCAUCGGCUCCGUGGUGCAGGCUGCUUGCAGCAGCAGCGUGAGGAGCCCCGGCGCCCGCCCGGGGAGCACGUGGCCCCUGAGAACCGUGGCACCGCAGCAGGUUCCUGGAAGCCGCUCCAUCUGCCCCGUGUUUCUGGAAAGGAGAAAUCCCUGGAAAACGCUCCUCGGUGACAUAGUCCCAGUCAGAUCUUCCAUGGACAGAGCUGCGGGGGAAGCGGCCGCACGCCGCCGUGUCCCGGCGAUGCCUCUCUGACGGGAGCCUGGCUGCGUGGCCCUGUGGCAGCAGCCGAAUCCUGCCUGCGGCGCUGGCUGAUGAGCAAGGACCAGCUCUGACACGCUUUCCCUGUCGGACAGUGGGCGCGCUCCUAGGGACGAUCCCAGAGGGAAUCCAGCCCUCGGGUUAGGAGGAGCAGGCUGAGCAUCAUCCCCAAAGAGACCGAGGAAAACGGGCAAGAUGCUGAAGGCAACGCUGCGGCCGCUGUGUCUGCGGACUCAGCCUGGCUGUGCUGCGCCCGGCGAAGCCAGCCAAAAUUCCCGUGCCUACAGGCCCGCCAAGGCGGAUGCAGGAGAAGGACAUGGCUGCUCACAGGAGGGAGGGAAGAGGGGAGAGCAAAGGUGCCAGCAGCUCAGCGAGGUUUCCCCUUUCCACCCAAUGGAGCAGGAAGAAAAGGUUGAGCCGUCGGGUGGAAAAGUGAGCGCGCACUCCCCGCAGGAGCCGGGCGGACUCAAUGGAGACGUGCUGGGCCUCCAGCUGGAUGGCAGCGCUCUGGCAUCGGCGGCUGAGCCCGCGCCUCUGAGCAGCUGCCCCAGCUCCGAGCUGCCCCCCGCUGCAGCGAGCCCCACAGCUGCCCCAAGCCAGGAGUGGAGAGUGGUGAAGAUCGAGCGAGUGCUCGUCUCUCCCGUCGGCCAGCCGAGGAAAGCAGGUCUCUCCCGGAGCGCCAGCCUCUCCGAGAAGGAGCUGAAGGAGGCAAAGGCGCAGAGCCGGAGGAUCGCAGCCCAGCUCACCACAGCACCGGGUGCCAGCUCCAAGGGCACGCUGCUCUUCCACCGGCGCAAGCAGCGCCUCGACAAGCUCGCCUGGGUGGCCACUGCGGGAGCCGGCGCUGGCCAUGGCACGGGGUGGCCGCUGAGCCCGCCGCCCGCCAGCUGCGGUGCCACCGCUGGAGUGCCCCGGGGGGGCAGCAUGGAGGGAGACAGUGGCCUUGGGAUGCAGCGCGACGGGGUGCAGACGGAGGCAUCCCACCACGAGGAGCCGUCGGCUGAGCUGCAGCAGGUCCCACUGAGCGUCUACUUGAAGGAGAAUAUGGCUUCAGCCAACGGCAUGCAUGAGCAGGGGCCUGGCGGGACGCAGGGCGAGGCCGCGGGGCCCAGGGAGACGCAGACCGCCUGUCCACCAAGCAUGCCCGUCCCUGAGCCGCAGGAGGACGGUGAGGGGUCGGGCAGGGAGCAGAGCGCGCCUGCAGCUGACACAGCAGCAGCUGCACCGGCAACCAGCAAGCAGCCAAACGGCACGCACGGCAAGCAGUACUACGAGGUCCACCUCACCUUGGCGAAGCCCAAGCCUGUGAAGAACAGGACGGCCAGGCCGUUUGGGAUCCAGGCGUCGGUGGUGAAAAGCCAGCCCACGGAGCAGGCCCCGGCGGCUGAGCUGCCCCCGCCGCCCACCUACGCGGAGACCCUGACCAGCCCCCCGCCGCUCACUCGGGUCCGUUCGCCACCUGCCUAUUCGGCGCUGUACCCCGCUGGUGGGCGGAAACCUCUCCCCGGCUGCGGAGGAGGCAGCCUGGCCCCCCUGCCCAAAACGGGGAUCCUGGAGGAGUCUGUUGCCCGGAGAGCCAAUAAAAAGUCCAUGUUCACUUUUGUCGAGAAGCCAAAGUUGGGCCCUAACCCUGAUCUGCUGGAUUUGGUCCAGAACGCCGACAUCAAAAAGAAGCAGAAGGAGCAGGGAGAGGCCGGUGCUGAGGAAGAGCCAUUCGUGCUCGGGGCAGAAGCUGCCAACUUCCUUGCCGGCAGCGCGGCCAGGGGCGGGCAGCACCUCCCACCGGCCGAGGACGCUCCAGCGUGGUCCUCCUGCCUCAAGUCCCCGACUAUCCAGCCGAAGCCCCAGAUCAAGCCCAGCCACAACCUCACCGAGGCGCGAGGGAAAGGAGCCGAGCUCUUCGCCAGGAGGCAGUCAAGGAUGGAGAAAUUCAUCAUCGAGGCUCCAUCUCAGCCUGACCUGCUGCGGUCCCCAUCUCCCACCAUGUCUCUGCCUCCCUCCUGGAAGUAUGACGCCAAUGCUUGCGUGUCGCCUAUGAUCUCCAGGCACCCCAUCAAGAGUCCCUCCAGGCCCUCCAAAACCCCUCCAGCAUCUCUGUAUGGGGGGGGCCUGGUGGAGAAUGAGGUCUCUCAGAAGGAGCUGGAGAUCUCCAAGCACCAGCCCUACCAGCUCCAGUCUUCGCUCUUCAUCCUCUCCCCAUCCAAAGGGCCCCUGAGGUCCAUGCCCCGCGGGACACCUCCGCCGAGGCCCACACUUCCCGACUCCUAUCUGUACCCCCAGCAGACCUCCUGCCCCACGUCUCCUUUGCCUCCAUCCCCCAUUUGGCAUCGCCCCGUGAGGCCUGGUGCCAGCAGGCCCCCCUCCGGCCUGUUCCCUGCGGCGGCUGGGGCCGUGCCCCUGACCCACGAUGGCCGGACCGGCCCCGGAGCCCAGACUGAUGUGCUCCUCACCUGCCCGGGCCACAUGCUGUCACCCAGAGCGAAGGGAGGCUUCCAGGCGCCCAGACCAUCCUACUCCACCAGGAACGCGGGAAUCGAGCCACAGGACAGGCGGCCGUCACUGCCCGCCUCCCCGACGUGGACGCCGCGGGCUGCGCUGCGCCAGGGCAGCGCCGAUGGCUGGGCGAGCCCGGCCUCGGUGCCUGAGCUCGACACGGAGCCCCCCGCGUCCCCGCCGUGGAGCGAGCGGUGUGCGUCCCCGCUGCGGCAGGAGGCCGACCCCAAGGCGAGCCGCCAGCUGCAAGCCCGCCUCGCCAGGAACAUCAUCAAUGCCGCCCGCAGGAAGAGCUCCUCUCCCAAAGCUGUGGGGCCAGAUGGCUCCCGGCCCUUCACCCCGCUAGCCACUGUCGGCAGCCCCAGCCUGCCGCGGUCCCCACGGGUGCUGCCGGCCUGUGGCACCCCCAGCACCCUGCGCAGCCUCUCCCCUGCCUGCAAAAGCCCCCUGCAAUCGCCCCGGGCCAAUGGGCACCGCGGCUCGGCUGACACUGGCGCGCCAGGCCUCGGCACUGCCACCGGCACCAGCCCCGUGGCCCCCAGGGCCAGCCGGGUGGACGGCCACCAACCGCAGCCCCGGGUGCUGCCCGCCGGCGCCUCCUCCGGCCCCCGGACCCUGGGCGCCUGCUCGCCAACCUUCAGGAGCCCCCUGCCGUCGCCCACGGUGGGCGCACGGGGGCCCGCCAGGCGCUAUGCCUCCCGGUCCCCGACGGACUCGGAUGUCUCCCUCGACUCCGAAGAGUCGGGGGCCAGGAGCCCUGCGAUCCACAGCUUCAAUGUCUGCCCGCGGGGCUGGAGCGGGAGCCUGCGGCUGAAGCAGGGUGGGCUUCCACCAGGGGCCCCCUGCACCUCCUAGACAGUGCUGGUGAGGACCCCGCGGUGGCCCUGGAGCGGAUCCCGGCAGCUUUGCCCGCUCCUGGCCCCCAGCGGGCCACAGCGCCAGAGCUUUCCCACCCCGGGCACUGUCACGCUGCGUUUGCACCUGGGCUGGAGGGGAGGAUUGCUGGCACAGCAUGAGGCCAGAAAGCCCCGAAGCCGCCCUCUCGGCAGCAGCAUCCCUGGCCCCAGGACGGUGCAGAGGCCACUACUCGCCUGGCGCUCACAGCUGCAGGGCUGGAGCCCAUGGACGGUGGAAACUCCCUCACCUCCCCAAACAGCCCCCACGCUGGGCAUGUCCCUGAGGAGCAUCGCAUGCCCCAGAGCGGUGUGGUCCGGCCAGCACGCAAGGGGGCCCGGCCGUGUCCGCUCCCUCUGAGGUGCCGCAGGGCUAUCGGCUCAGCGGGCCCACGAGGACCCCCGCCGGCAGUGAGAGCCAGGGCUGAGCCCCUACGCUGCCGGAGGACGGCUCAUGUCCAACCCAGGGACCUCGUCACGGAGGCCCCCCACCUCGGUGCUUCUCAGCCGUCCGACAAGGACGGGCGAGAAGGAGAGGCCGGCGGGGGGGAGGGGGGGAGCAAGCAUGGGUGUGCAGCGAGCCUGCCCCGCCAGAGCAGCCUCCUCCCGCAGCUGCCGCCUGCCUGCUCCGGCAUGCUGGUGCGGUCAGGAGCCUCCCGCCUGCCCAGGAUCCCGUGGCCCAGCUCUAUUUUUACCACCCUAACCUUUACCAGAGGGACUGCGUGGUCAGCAGGGGGAGGAGGCCCCCCGGGGCACCACCUGUGUGGCUGCGUGCAGCUAACAUUGGUCCCCAACGCCUGGGCGUCCCCUGCCCCAUCUGUCCCCCCAGAUCCUAGGAGCGUUCCCGGGCAGGGGCAAAAGGCCCAGCCUCCGGUUCAUGCUGGGUUCAUUUCUAUUCCGAUUUUGCAAGAGGAGAAGUUGCUUUUUCAGUCCAUUCCCCAAACCCUCAAAUCUUCACUACUUUUUUUUUUUUUUUUUUUUUUUUUUUUUUUUCCACUUUUGACCCCCUUCUCGAAGAAGCUUCCCCAGAUCCUUCCUAGGCGACCAAAGUGAAAGCCAAAGUUAUUUAUUGUCAUGGCUGGUGACGCCCCCCAACUCAGCCCAGGCAAAGAGAGGGCUGUUCCCACCCCUAUCCCCCAUGUCCAUCCCCCCCAUCUCUCUCCUCCCCCAUGCUCACCUCUGCCCCCCACCCCAGCUCCAUGGGGCUGAGGGGCUGAGUGGGGCUGGUGGCCCAGCGGGGGGAGGCAGUGGGGCCGCACGAGGUACACAGGACGCAGAGCAGGUUGCGGAGGGGCUGUGGGAGGUCGCAGGGCAGCAGGCAAUGUGGAGAGGGUCUCGGGGAUGGGACCGUGUCCCCGCGAGGCAGCUCGGCUCCCCCGAGGGCCGAGGGGGUGUUGGUGUCAGAGGGAAGCGUGGGUGGGUGCCAGCGGGAGGAGGGCGUCAGGGCAGAUGCAGGUAUGGGGCAGAGCCUGGGGGAGCAGCAGGUGCCGGGGGGGGCAGCAGGUACCCAGAGCAUUCAGCCACAGGGAGAGGGGUGCCAGGCCCCCUGGUGCCCUCCACCGCUGCCAGGGUGCCAGGGAGAUGCUAGGAUGGCGGGGGCACAGCCCAGCCCCACAUGAAGCAGCCCUGGCCUAGGGGAUGCAGCACUGGGGGUGGUAGGAGCUACCCCAGGACAGGGGGAUGCAUUUGGGCCAUCGGGCACCGGUCCUGUUAGGGCAGCAUGGGGUCGCCCCUUCCCUUCUCUUCCUCGGGAUGCCUCGAGCAGAGAAAGCCAGCGCCCAUCCCGCCGCCCCCCAGCCUGCCCUUCCCUGGGAUGCUCGCUUGCCCUGCCCAUCCCAGCAGCCGCUGCGGCCUGCCUGUCGCCACGCCAUUGUAUCCCCAGCUCAGAAAUAAACUGCCGUUAUCCCACC